AUGCUGGGCUCGGGCCAGCUGUCCAUGUCGGGAGGCUGGACGGCAUAUCUCUGUCUUGCAUCUGCCUUGACCGGCCUGUUUGUUCCAGCUGUUGCCGUCAAGGAGCACGAUUUCAAGAAAUGCGACCAGACCGGUUUCUGUAAGCGCAACCGGGCCUUUGCCGACCACGUUCUAAGCAAUACCGCAUGGGAGUCGCCUUACAACAUUAUCGCCGAGUCGGCUUCCUUCAAGGGCGGUCAAUUGCAGGCCACCAUUCUCAAGACCAUCAACGACGCCGGCGAGGCCGUCCGCCUUCCCAUCACCGUUUCCUUCCUCGAAUCCGGAACCGCACGUGUCACCGUCGACGAAGAAAAGAGACAAAAGGGCGAGAUCGAGCUUCGCCAUGACAGCAAGGCCAGAAAGGAACGCUACAAUGAGGCCGAGCAGUGGGUUAUCGUCGGCGGGCUGACCCUCGACAAGGAGGCCAAGGUCGACUACGAGGAUAAGACUCAGAUCACCGUUCAAUACGGCCCCGAGUCCAAGUUCGAGGCCACCAUCAAGUUCGCCCCCUUCUCUAUCGACUUUAAGCGCGAUGGUGCCACACAUAUCAAGUUGAACGACAAGGGCUUGUUGAACAUGGAACACUGGAGGCCCAGGAUCGAGUCCCCUCCUGCGCCCGAGAAGAAGGAGGGCGAGGAGAAUAGCAGCGAGGCCGAGACUACCGAAACCGCUGAGACUGCUGAGACUACCGCUGCCCAGAUUCCUGAGGCGUACCCUGGUGAGGACCAAAACACUUGGUGGGACGAGAGCUUCGGCGGAAACACCGACUCCAAGCCCCGUGGUCCCGAAAGCGUUGCCCUGGAUAUCUCUUUCGUCGGUUAUGAUCACAUCUACGGUAUCCCUUCGCAUACUGGCCCCUUGUCUCUCAGGCAGACUCGUGGCGGCGAAGGCAACUACAACGAGCCGUACCGCAUGUACAACGCCGAUGUGUUCGAGUAUAUCCUUGACAGCCCUAUGACCCUGUACGGAUCCAUCCCGUUCCUGCAGGCCCAUCGCAAGGAUUCGAGUGUUGGUAUCUUCUGGCUUAACGCUGCCGAGACUUGGGUUGAUAUUACCAAGGAGAAGGAGUCCAAGAACCCACUCGCCUUGGGUAUUGGUUCCAAGACGAACACCAACACUCACUGGAUUUCUGAGACCGGUCUCCUGGAUGUGUUCGUCUUCCUGGGCCCUACUCCUCAGGACCUUAUCCGCAAGUAUUCCGAACUCACCGGUACCACCGCCAUGCCUCAAGAGUUUUCCCUCGGCUACCAUCAGUGCCGCUGGAACUACGUGUCGGACGAGGAUGUCAAGGAUGUUGAUCGCAAGAUGGACAAGUACAACAUUCCGUACGAUGUCAUCUGGCUUGAUAUCGAGUACACCGAUGACAAGAAGUACUUCACCUGGGAUGCCCAUAGCUUUGCCGACCCCAUUGGCAUGGGCAAGCAGCUUGAGGCCCAUGGACGCCAGCUGGUUACCAUUAUCGAUCCCCAUAUCAAGAAUGUUGACGGUUAUACAGUCUCUUCCGAGCUCAAGUCUCAGCACUUUGCUGUCAACAACAAGGAUGGCGAGAUCUUCGAGGGUUGGUGCUGGCCCGGCUCAUCUAACUGGGUUGACGGCUUCAAUGCCGCCGCCCGAAAGUGGUGGGCCACGCUUUUCAAGUACGCCAAGUUUGAGGGUUCCAUGAGGAACACCUGGAUUUGGAACGACAUGAACGAGCCCUCCGUGUUCAACGGCCCUGAGACGACGAUGCCCAAGGACAACCUUCACUACGGUAACUGGGAGCAUCGUGACCUUCACAACUUGAAUGGAUUGACAUUCCAUAACGCUACUUUCGAGGCCCUCAAGUCUCGCGAGAAGGGCGAGUACCGUCGUCCCUUCGUUCUUACCCGCUCCUUCUUUGCUGGCUCUCAACGUCUCGGCGCUAUGUGGACUGGUGAUAACCAGGCUGCGUGGGAUCAUCUUGAAGGCUCCAUCCCCAUGGUUCUCAGCCAGAACAUUGCCGGUUUCCCCUUCUCUGGUGCUGACGUCGGUGGUUUCUUUGGUAACCCCGAGAAGGAGCUGUUGACGCGCUGGUACCAGGCUGGUGCUUUCUACCCCUUCUUCCGUGCCCAUGCCCACAUUGACUCCCGCCGCCGCGAGCCUUACCUUGCCGGUGAGCCCUACACCACCAUCAUUGCUGCCGCUCUCCGUCUUCGCUACAGUCUUCUGCCGUCUUGGUAUACCGCUUUCCGCCAGUCUUACCUUACCAACGAGCCCAUCGUCAAGCCCAUGUUCUACACUCAUCCCAACGAGGAGGCUGGUUUCGCUAUUGAUGACCAAUUCUUCGUUGGAAAUACCGGUUUGCUAGCCAAGCCUGUCACCCAGAAGGACAAGGAGACCGUGGAUAUUUGGAUUCCUGAUAACGAGGUCUACUAUGACUACUUUACUUACGACAUCAUCCCCUCUGGCAAGGGCAAGACCGUGACUCUCUAUGCUCCCCUCAACAAGAUUCCUCUCCUCAUGCAGGGUGGCCACAUCUUCGCCCGCCGUGACCGGCCCCGUCGGUCCAGCACUCUCAUGAAGUGGGACGACUACACCCUUGUCGUGACCGUCGGCAAGGACGGAAAAACCGCUGAGGGCGACCUCUACGUCGAUGAUGGCGACUCGUACGACUUCGAGAAGGGCCAGUACAUCUACCGCAAGUUUACCCUCGACGGCGAUGCCAAGACCAUCUCAUCCGUUGACGGCGAGGACCGCAAGAAGGUUAAGGAGGGCGACUGGAUAAAGAAGAUGCACCAGGUUACCGUCGACAAGAUCCUCAUCGUCGGCGCCCCCAAGUCUUGGGAUCAGAAGGAGGUCACGGUGGAGUCCGAGGGGAAGACCUGGACUGCUACGGUCGAGUACACCCCCGCCGGAAAGGGCCGGGCCGCAUUUGCGGUUGUCAAGAAGGUUGGCGCGAGGAUCGGUGCCGAUUGGAAGAUUUCCUUCGCCUAG